AUAUUCUGGUCGGGUUGGCUUGGCAAACCCUUGCUACUCCCAAAUCCCUCACACACCAUCGUCCCGGUGUCCGUCGCCGCCGAAACCCCUCCGCUCGCCCACCGCCGCCGCCUCCUCCACCACCACCAAAGCUGGCCUGCCAUCUCGAACCCCGCCCCUCCCUCGAUCCCUCGUGCCGCUGCUUGGCUGGCGUGGCCAGGACCUGAUUCCUUAUGCUGGUGACGAAGCCCUAGCUUGUUCGGAUUUCUGUGCCGGUAUCAGAACCCUUAUUGGAUAGAAGUUAGUGCGGCCAUACAAUGGGGUUCGAUAAUGAAUGUAUUCUGAAUAUUCAAUCUCUUCCUGGUGAAUAUUUUUGCCCUGUUUGCCGGACACUCAUAUACCCCAACGAGGCUGUACAAACUCAGUGUACACAUCUCUACUGCAAACCUUGCUUGACUUAUGUAGCAGCAACAACGCAAGCCUGCCCUUAUGAUGGCUACUUGGUGACAGAAGCCGAUUCCAAGCCUCUGGUGGAUAUAAAUAAAUCGCUUGCUGAGACAAUUGGUAAAGUUGCAGUACACUGUCUCUAUAACAAGAGUGGUUGCCAAUGGCAAGGAAAUCUGUCUGAAUCCAUCACACAUGGUACUGCUUGCGCCUAUGGGAACUCCCCUGUUGUUUGUAACCGCUGUGGUACUCAGAUUGUACAUCGUCAAGUGCAAGAACAUGCUCAGCUUUGCCCUGGCGUGCAACCCCAAACACAACAGGCUGACAGUAGUCUGACACAGUCAUCAGCUGCAAUAACCCAGGCAGUCACCCAAGAUCCUUCUGCAGUUUCCUCAGUGGCACCUGCAGCAGUUCCAUCUGCAACUACAGCUGGAGCUGUAACAGCUCCUGCAGUGGCGACUAGUUCAGCUGGUGUGACCACAGCAAGCACGAUGGCUGCGGCCUCUUUCGCAGGGGCACCUGCUACUAGUCAAGGUCAAGCUGUUGCUCCCCAAACUCAAACAGCUGAGCAGUACCAGCAGCAGCUCCAGUACGAACAGUAUUACCAGCAGCAUUACCCUGGCUACAACCCCUACACUCAGCAGUAUCAACAGUAUGGCCAAUACCAGCAGUACACACAACCUCAAACGCAAGUGGCAAUGCAAAAUGUUGCUCAAGUUCCUGCACAACCUGCUCCAUACGCUCAGCCCCAAUUCCUGCAGCCCUCACAGCCCCAACACAUGGUGCCAAACCAGUCCCAGAAUCAGUCUCAUUAUCCUCAAGUCCAAGCACCAGUUGUUCAGCCGCAACCUCAGCAGAAUCCACCAUUGAAUCCAGCACCUCAAAAUCCACAGAUGCACCCACAAGUUGAUGCACAGCCUAUAGCCCAUACUCAAGUUGGUACUCAACCAUUUGCAAUGCCUACAACUCAAGCAAUAGCUUCCCAGGUGCAGCCACAUGUACAACCUCAUCCUCCACAACAUCUGCAGGCUGUGACCCAGCAUCAACAUUCGCAAAUGCAGUUUCUACCUCAGCAGCAACAUCUUCAAUCUCAGAUACAGCACCAGCAUCCACAAGUACAGCAGCAAUCGUACCCACAACCUCAGGUAUAUCAUCAGCCUCAUCCAGUUGCGCAACCUCAGAAUCCUCCAGUACAUGCGGCAGCGGGUCAUCAAUCAUAUUCACAGCCUCAGCCAACAAAUCAGAUGUCACAUGGUGCUCCACUUCAGCGCCCUGCACAUGCAUCUCACCAACAGUUAGUUGGUCCUCAGCAUGCUGCACUUGUACACCCUCCGCAGGGUCAAUUUCCGUUGCAGGGCCAACAGCCAGCUAUGCAGGCUCCUCAAGGUGCUCAGCAUGCAUCACAACAUCAGCAACAUGUUGGGUAUCAUGUUCAAAGGCCACCAAUGCAUCCAAGCAUUCCUUCCCAAGCACCGCCACAAGGGUUUCCUGUUAACACUUCCGUUCCUUCACAAACAGGUCACUUGUACCAACAAGGAAUGUACUCAUCUCAACAACAUAUGCAUUCACAAUCUUUCCAGCCCCAUGGUCCACCAUUUAUUCAACAGCAGCAUGUUCCAACUUCGACUAGCAGGUCUAUGAGUAAUGCUGCAACUCCACACCAGUUCCAAGAAUCUGGGAAGUCAGAAAAUGCAAGUAAUGCUACUGGCAAUACUGAAGUAGGUGAUAGUACAAAUGGAGGUGGUGAAUUUUCUGGCAUAAAACCGGAAUCUCUAGGUGAUAAAAAUGUGAAGGGAGAGCAGAAUGAUUUUGGUAGUACUAGAAAAAAUGUGGCACAAACUGGCAUUACAUUGGGCGGUGCAGAUGGUUCAGACAAAGGCAAAGGAAAGGAUGAGUUAGUUGGCCAGAAUAGUAAUUCACAGCCUGAAGCUUCACACGUAUCCAAUGACCUUGAGAAAGGAGGAUCACUGCAACAGGUAUCACACAAAGAUCUGGGAGCACUGGGGUCCUAUGUGCUUCCAGGCAUGGGUCGACAACGUCUGUCUGGACCUGAUGCCAGGCCUCCUCACCAUAUGCUCACAGAAGGCCAGACGAAUCAAAUGAGGCCACCUAGUCAUAGUUUUUCUGAAAAUAUCCGGCCUCCAAUGCAGCAACACCCGUUUGGUUUAUAUCAAUCUGAAAUGGCACCAAGGAUGCUUGCGCCAAACCUUCCGCUGCCAGCACCCAUCAGAUCUGAUGACGGCAUGAUUCGGCCACCCAUGGGUGGUGGACCCUUGCCUGGACAUCACGACACAACUAUGCCUCCUUUUGCUCCAGAAAAUGUUGGCCGGCCACAUCCUGCUGGAAUGACAAAGGGCAAUGGUGUGGGCGGCGGGCCACUUGGAAAUUCCAGGGCUUUCCAUGAAGAAGGGUUCAAUUCUUCACGGGAACAUUUCAGGUCCUUGGCGCCAUCAUAUCCUGGCAGAUACAAUGUCGACCCUAAAGAUAUUGAAGAGAAUAUGAAGCAAUUUCCAGGGCCAACUCAUCUUGACGGCGAGGGUUUUCAGAGAGGGCCUAGACCAUUUGAUGGUUUCGAUUCAUUACCUGGAAGGCCUCCAUUCCCAAAUAAGCCAGGCCCAUAUCCUACAGGCUUCCCUGAAGAUUUGUCAAGGAAACCCCAUUCAGUUGUUGGUCAUCCUGACUUUGUGUCACCUGGUGCAGAAUACGGCCUUCACAGGAUUGAUGGAAUGCCUAGAAACCCAGGUCCAUUUCUUCAAGGGAUGCCAGCGGGUCCUGGAGGUCUUCGUAAAGACCAACUAGGCCCUGGCAACCUUCCAGGGAACAUACAUCAUGAUUUUGGCAAUCCAGGGUUCCCUCCUACACAUUUCCACCCUGGUGAUACUUUUCUUCCGAGAAAUCUACAUGGUGCUGAACCCCUUGGACAUGGUCCAUUGCAUGGAAUUGAACCUUCUGGCCACCGGUUCCAUGGUCACGUACAUCCAGAUGAUCCAAAUCUUGAUGACUAUCCUCGACAUGGUUUUCCACAAGAAUCUGGCCGUUUCAGCUCGGGUGGAUUCUUCAGUAAUGGAGAUGUUGGUUUGUGCCGGAUAUGCAUGUUUAACUGUGGAAGUGCAGAGGACCUGGGUCUACAUGUGCAUACAAGGGAGCAUCAGCAGCAUGCAAUGGACAUUGUUCUGAAAAUGAAGCAUGAUGUUGCAAAGAGGCAGAAGAUGAUUCCUGGAGGUCCCAAGUCGUUAAACAAAAAAGUAGCUGUGAAGGGCAACUUCCGUGGAAAUAGGCGCUAGAUCUCUUGUUAUCUAGUUCAGCACUCGAUGAGAUCUGAAGAAAUUGACAAGUUUAGGAAAUUCCCUGCGAGGGCUCUACGUUCAUACAAUCGAACUUGCAUGCUUUCCUGAAGGCGGUAAGGGUAGAUAAGCAUUCAACCUUUCUUACGAAGUGAUUUAAGUUUUCCAGAAAUGUGACCCAAAUAGAUGAACUGAUUAUCUCUGUCUGUUUCUCAAUUUUUUGACAAAUGAUUAUGUCCCUAGAUACUUGCAUGAAAUUUGCAAUUUUGUGCAUUUGUAAAACUUGCUUUAACUAGUUGGUCGUACAGACACGGUUGCUAUUAGGAGUUUAAGAACUUGUUCACCCAUCUGUUUUACUGUUCUGUGUGAUUUGAUUGUCAAUAUUAUCCAACAUUUAGCAAGUUAACCUGACAAUACUGCGGUGGCGCCAAAAGUUUGGCAAGUCAUACUUUUGUGGUAUGCUUUGGCUAGAAAAUUAUUUUGUGAUAGUUAAGUUGGGUCCUAAGGAAGGGCAACAAGCCACUGUUGUGGUUGUGCACUAUAUAUGACUAUCCUCAAAGGUCAAACUUGACUUAACUGAGCAUGACAAUUUGGUAACAAUUCUAAAACCCCAACUCCAAAUCAAGUUUCUCGAGGUUAAACCUAUGUAGAAAACCUGAACUUGAUUUGCAUAUGCAUGUGAAUUUGAUCCCAGCUUAUUUAGUCAGUCAAUGGCCAUAAAUGUGCAGCUCCUUUGACAUCUCUUUUACUAGGGACUUUCUGUUUGUUGUCGUUCUUAUGUUUCCACUUUUUAGUAUUACCACGUAAAAUCAUGGCGACCAAGAAGCAGCACCCAUACCUUUAUAGUUUGGGAAUCAUCCAACAUUCGUGAAUGACUAAACUUAGUUUAGAAACUAUGUUCGAAUAUAUGACUUACUUGCUACGUACAGAAUUGGGAAAGACAAACAACAAUUAAAUGUAGUAAUCUGGCUUACACAAAACUGUCAUAAUGUUAUAGUACCACUUAAAUACUUGGAACAUGUCCUGAAACAGCUGACAUGUAAUGUUUUGUUAUAGACAUGCAAAAUGUAUUUAUUGACUAACUGGAAAAAAACUGAAAAUGGUUAGCCCGUGUGGACUAAUCUUAAUGACCAUCUGAGAUUCACAUUGUAAAAUUGGCUAGUUGCCAGGUCUUUUGAAUUUGAGAAAAAAUAUGGACACUUUAUUCUUCUAGUGGGUCUAUCUUUUUUUGUGUUACUGUUCUAAAAAGUCUUGUAGCACCUUAUUGGGAGUUCCUGGUGAUGUGCCGGAGCCUUGAGAAAACACUUGUGACCGGUGCUGGCUAACAACGACGCUACACCUCGCUGAGCUGAUCGUCAAUAACGUAUUUAUGAGAGUGUAUGUAUUGCACCGGCGUGACCACUUUGUUUCUUUCCCUUUUGUAUUGCCCUUUUUUAGUACUUUUGUUGUAUUGCUCAAAAUUUAUUCAGUAAUUUGACAAUUUUUUUA